AUGAUCAUAAGUCUGUAUCGCUCUGCCGCUCUCGUGUCUGCAGGAAACGCCUUCGUGGUGAGCCUGGCUCUUGCUGACCUGGUGGUCGCCAUCUAUCCCUACCCGCUGGUCCUGACCGCCAUCUUCCACGACGGCUGGAUCGCCGGCUACAUCCACUGUCAGAUCAGCGGCUUCCUGAUGGGCCUCAGCGUCAUCGGCUCCAUCUUCAACAUCACGGGCAUCGCCAUCAACCGCUACUGCUACAUCUGCCACAGCCUUAAGUACGACAAACUCUUCUCCAACAGCAACACCAUGUGCUACGUCGUCAUCGUCUGGGCGCUCACCAUCCUCGCCAUCGUGCCCAACUGGUUCGUGGAGUCGCUGCAGUACGACCCGCGGGUGUACUCGUGCACCUUCGCGCAGUCGGUGAGCUCGCUGUACACCAUCACGGUGGUGGUGGUGCACUUCAUCCUGCCCAUCGGCAUCGUCAGCUACUGUUACCUCCGCAUCUGGAUCCUCGUCAUCCAGGUGAGGCGGCGGGUCAAACCGGACUCGCGGCCAAAGAUCAAGCCGCACGACCUUCGCAACUUCCUCACCAUGUUCGUCGUGUUUGUGCUCUUCGCCGUCUGUUGGGCGCCGCUGAACCUGAUCGGGCUGGCGGUGGCGCUGGACUCCAGGCUGAGCCGGGCGAUACCGGAGUGGCUGUUCACGGCCAGCUACUUCAUGGCGUACUUCAACAGCUGCCUCAACGCCGUCGUCUACGGCGUCCUGAACCACAACUUCAGGAAGGAGUACAAGAGGAUCGUCCUGAUUAUCUUCAAGUUUCACUGCUGA